AUGGCUCAGGCAAUGCUGGUGCCACCAGGAUCUGACAGCUUCUUCUAUUUCACCAAAGAAUCUCUAGCAGCUAUUGAAAAACGGAUUGCUGAUGAAGCGUCUCACUGUGACAAAGACGAGCAUAAAGAUGAUGGUGGUCAUGAAGCAAAUCACCCGAAGCCAAAUAGUGACUUGGAGGCAGGAAAGAUACUGCCAUUUAUUUAUGGUGAUGUUCCUCCAGAAAUGGUGUCUGAGCCUCUGGAGGACCUGGAUCCGUACUAUAUCAAUAAAAAGACAUUUAUAGUAUUGAAUAAAGGGAAGACAAUCUUCAGGUUCAGUGCCACACCUGCCUUGUACCUUUUAUCCCCUUUCAAUAUUAUUAGAAGAAUAGCUAUUAAGAUUUUGGUUCAUUCAUUGUUCAGCAUGCUCAUUAUGCUCACUAUUUUGACAAACUGCGUUUUUAUGACAUGGAAUAAGCUUCCAGACUGGACAAAGAAUGUAGA